AUGGAUUCAUGGUAUUUGCCUUGGUUACUGUUCUUUGAUGCUCUUCUCGUGGUUUCUGGCUUGCCAACUCCAGAAAUAUUUGAUAUCGAUGGUGGAAAUGAUCAGGACAUAUUUGAUAUCAAUGAAGAUUUGGGACUGGAUCUUUUUGAGGGAGACAUCAGACUUGAUAGGACCCAAAAUAGAAAUUCCAUCAUUGGAGAAACAUACAGAUGGCCUCAUACCAUCCCAUAUGUUCUAGAAGAUAGCUUGGAAAUGAAUGCUAGAGGAGUUAUCCUUAAUGCAUUUGAACGCUAUCGCCUAAAAACCUGCAUCGACUUCAAGCCUUGGGGUGGAGAAGAUAACUAUAUAUCAGUGAUCAAGGGCAGCGGCUGCUGGUCUUCAGUAGGAAAUACACAUGUUGGGAGACAAGAACUUUCCAUUGGGGAAAACUGUGACAGAAUAGCAACAGUUCAACACGAGUUCCUCCAUGCACUGGGGUUCUGGCACGAGCAGUCGCGUUCUGAUCGGGAUGACUAUGUCAUGAUCAUGUGGGACAGAAUUGAGUCAGGCAAAGAGCACAAUUUUAACAUCUAUAGUGACCAAGAAUCAGAUUCUCUGAAUGUUCCCUAUGAUUACACUUCAGUAAUGCACUACAGUAAAACUGCAUUCCAAAGUGGAUCAGAACCAACAAUUGUGACAAGAAUCUCAGAUUUCGAGGAUGUGAUCGGCCAGCGAAUGGAUUUCAGUGACGCUGAUCUCUCAAAGUUGAAUCAACUGUAUAACUGCUCUUCUUCCUUGAGUUUUAUGGACUCAUGCAAUUUUGAACUGGAAAAUGUGUGUGGUAUGAUCCAAAGUUCAGAAGAUAGUGCUGACUGGCAACGGGUUUCACAGGUUCCCAUGGGGCCAGAGAGUGAUCACUCCAACAUGGGCCAGUGCAAAGGUUCUGGUUUCUUCAUGCAUUUCAACAGUAGCUCUGUAAGUGCAGGGGCCACAGCAGUUCUGGAAAGUAGAACGCUGUACCCUAAAAGAGGAUUUCAGUGCUUGCAAUUUUAUUUAUAUAACAGUGGAAGUGAAAGUGACCAACUGAACAUCUACGUCAGGGAGUAUUCUGCAGGCAAUGUGAAUAAUGAUUUAACCCUUGUGGAAGAAAUAAAAGAAAUACCCACUGGGAGCUGGCAACUUUACCAUGUAACAUUGGAAGUGACCAUCCAAUUUAGAGUGGUGUUUGAAGGACGCAGAGGCUCUGGUGCAUCAUUGGGUGGUCUGUCUAUUGAUGACAUCAAUCUUUCAGAAACACGGUGCCCUCAUCUUAUCUGGCAUAUAAACGAUUUCACGCAGUACAUUGGAAGCCCAGAUGGAACUCUAUAUAGCCCUCCAUUUUAUUCUUCUAAAGGUUACGCCUUUCAGGUUCUCUUGGAUCUAAGACAGUCGACUAAUGCAGGGAUAUAUUUACACUUGAUCUCUGGAGCCAACGAUGAUCAAUUACAGUGGCCAUGUCCUUGGCAACAAGCCACAAUGACACUCUUGGAUCAAAAUCCUGACAUUCGAAAGCGUAUGUCCAACCAACGGAGUAUAACUACAGACCCAUUUAUGACCACCGAUGAUGGAAACUAUUUUUGGGACAAGCCUUCCAAAGUGGGAAAAGAGGUUUAUUUCCCUAAUGGAACUCAGUUUAUGAGAAAUACGGGUUAUGGAACCAGUGCCUUUAUAACCUAUCAGAGGCUGCAAAGCAGAGAUUUUAUAAAAGGAGAUGAUGUUUUCAUACUACUGACAGCAGAAGAUAUAUCGCACCUCAAUUCUACACAAAUUGAAUCAGUCCCAACAACCACUGAUGUCAAUGAGCGCUGUGCAAAAAUCACAUGUGAGAAUGGCGGUGUCUGUGUUGUCCAAGAUGAAAAAGCUGAGUGCAGGUGUCCAUCAGGAAAAGACUGGUGGUACAAGGGAGAAAGGUGUGAAACGAGAGGCUCAACCCGAGACAUCACUGUCAUUGCGGCUUCUUCCACGGCUGCUGUGUUCGCCCUGAUGCUCGUAGUCACCCUCGUCAGUGUCUAUUGUACCAGGAAGAAAUAUCGUAAAAGGACGAGUUCAAAGACAGCAGAUAUGACUCUGGAAAAUGACAUCUUUGACCAUUUAAACAAGUCUUUAGCACCAAGCAUCCACAGACAUGAGUAUAUUAAAAAAGCCAUUUUGUGUAUGCUGCUUGGAGGUAAUGAGAAAGUACUUCUCGAUGGGACACGCAUAAGAGGAGACAUCAAUGUCUUAUUAAUAGCAUUGUUUCAGAGAACGUGGGACCAACAUAUCAGCAGCGUUCAGCUGAUGAGUGUGGGAGGAGGCAGCACCAGCAGCAGCAGCCCUCUGAUAAAGGACACCCUCACGACAGCCGUGUCCCCACUUGGCACAGCAUCACAGCUUAUCCAGCAUGACACAGCUACACCACCAGAGCCAGGGGGCACUAGCAGCACUGGGAGGGAUUUGGACUAUUGUUCAGUAAAGGCUGACUGA